GACUCGGCCUAUCUCGCAGUCUGCUUGCUCAGUGUCAGGUGCUUGGUCGGCGAUCGACUUUGUAAUUUUUCAAUUUGGAACUUAGCGACAAAGAGUUCUCCUAGCGAGAAAGUCAGUGUGUCGAUUAGUAGAGAAGUUUCUUAGUUUGAAAAAGACAAAGUCGCCGCUCAGCGUCAUUCCCGCGUCUACCAACGAGUGCCGGAAGAUCAGUCUGGAGUUUGGAGCCUUUGGAGUGUUGAACUACCGCUGCUACCCUUCACAUCACCCUCACACCCCUACCAGACCCAACAACCCCGCUAGCAAGAUGAUGGCCGUCGCAGCAGCUCAGAAGAACAGGGAGAUGUUCGCCAUCAAGAAAUCUUACAGCAUCGAGAACGGCUAUCCAGCACGCCGUCGUUCGCUCGUUGAUGACGCUAGAUUUGAGACACUCGUAGUCAAGCAGACGAAGCAAAGUGUUUUGGAGGAGGCAAGGCAACGGUCUAAUGAUUCUCCUCUCGAGAGCAAUGCCGCCCCUGCAGUCCCUCAUAUCACUGCCAAAGUCCCGGCUAAGACAGUUGAUGAAAACCCCAAGCUCGAGGAAAUCAAGACAGCUGAGCCUAUUGUCAAGGAACCACGUUCCGAAACAGUUGUUGCUGAGCCUGCUGUAGAAACCAAACCGGAACCCCAAGUAAACGGAAAAGAUGCCGGCCUCACCGAGGAGGAAGUCUUCCUGCAGAACGCGGUGAGCGAGGACAAGGAGGCCGAGCAAGCUGUCCAGAGGGCGGCUCUCGUGCUGCGCCUGAGGGAAGGCAUGGGUUCUCUCGCCCGCAUCCUCAAAACCAUCGAGAACUUCAAGGGCACCAUCGUGCACCUGGAGAGUCGCCCCAGCAAGGCGCCUCCCUCCCAGUUCGACAUCCUUGUCAAGGUGGACAUGACCAAACAGGCUCUGCUGCUGCUCAUCCGCUCCCUGAGACAGAGCUCUGCCCUGGCAGGAGUCACCCUUCUGGCGGAGAACAACCAGUCUGUCAAGGACCCUUGGUUCCCUCGCCACGCCAGGGACCUGGACAACUGCAACCACCUGAUGACCAAGUAUGAGCCCGAUCUGGACAUGAACCAUCCUGGAUUCGCCGACAAGGAAUACCGCGCUCGCCGCAAGAUGAUCGCCGACAUCGCUUUCGCUUACAAGUUUGGAGACCCCAUCCCCAAGAUAGACUACACAGAGUCAGAGGUGGCUACCUGGUCCAUGGUGUACAAGAACGUCAAGGAGUUGAUGCCCAAACAUUUCUGUCAGGAGUACCGAGUCGUUUUCGAUCUCUUGGAACAGGAAGGAAUCUUCGGACCCAACCACAUCCCUCAGCUCGAGGACAUGUCCGCUUUCCUUAACAAGCACACCGGGUUCACUCUGAGACCUGCCGCAGGGCUGUUGACUGCCCGGGACUUCCUCGCCAGUCUCGCCUUCCGCGUGUUCCAGAGCACCCAGUACGUGCGUCACAUCAAGACCCCCUUCCACACCCCUGAGCCUGACUGCAUCCACGAGCUUCUUGGCCACAUGCCGUUGCUCGCUGACGCCAGUUUUGCCCAGUUCUCCCAAGAGAUCGGACUCGCUUCUCUCGGUGCCUCUGACGACGAAAUCGAGAAGCUGUCAACCGUCUACUGGUUCACCGUGGAGUUCGGGCUCUGCAAGGAGAACGGAGAGGUCAAGGCUUACGGAGCCGGUCUGCUGUCCGCUUACGGAGAACUCCUGCACGCGAUCAGCGACAAGCCCGAGCACAGGCCCUUCGACCCCUCCGUGACCGCCGUGCAGCCCUACCAGGACCAGGAGUACCAACCCAUCUACUACGUCGCAGAAAGCUUCGAGGACGCGAAGGAGAAGUUCAGACGAUGGGUGGCCGCCAUGAGCCGACCCUACGAGGUCAGGUACAACCCCCACACCCAGUGCAUCGAGGUCCUCGACUCCGUCGACAGGCUGGACAACCUCAUGAGUCAGCUCAACCUCGAGAUGCUGCACCUCAACACCGCCCUCACCAAGCUGAAGACGACCUUCGGCUAAACCUACCACACACACUAUCGUCUGCGCUUCUCAUUUGUAUAAAGCUUUCAUUAUAAUAUAUUGUACGUUAGAGUAGUGGCACUGCGGACUCCCGAUUGUGAUCACGUGAUCGUUACAACCUAGGGUAACGGUUACGCUUAAGCUAUUUUAGGUUUAGUAAGUUAUUUUUGUAUAUAAGUUAUACUUACGGAGGGCCGCUACUCACCGUGUCACCGUGAUGUGUUUUGUAUUUAUGUUUUAGUGUAAAGACCAGAUUUGUAAUCAGUAUUAUUAUUGUUCCGUGAUAUGAUUAGUGUUAGUACUGUAUUUACACAUCUGGGGACUCGGUUGUAUCGUCGCCUGUGUGCAGGCUAUACUUACACUACUGUAAUUACACACCCAGUGAUACGAUAUGUCGCUAUAGAAAGUUCCUCAAAAUUAUGAUAUGGGAUAUAAGGGUAUUGAAUCUAACAUGGCGUUUUAUUAUUGAAAAUUGUACAUUUCGUUGCUUGUUUUGUAUAUUCUAAUUUAUUGAAAUUUUGUAUUUAUAUGUUAAAUUAUUAUAAUGUGCGGCAGCUAAGCCGUCAAUGUUAGAUAAGGUGCCCGCUUAUCGUAUAUACAUAUUAUAUGUUGUGUGAACAAUAAAUGCAUUCUAAACGAUA